AUGCAUACCCGCGGGCACCACCGUUUGCACGAACUUGUACGUCGAAAAGCGACAGAGCUACCGACCAUUAUCCAUGAUGUGGCCACACCAAGCUUGAACAAACGUGCAACUACAACUAUAAUUGCUGCGACAGCGACUUGCACCGAAGGAGAUCCAAGCCCACGCUGUGAGCUUCCAGCCAAUGCUACUAAUCAAACAUUGCCAAUUUUAUUAGGUGCAAUGGUUCCCAUUUUUAUUGCCUGUUUAGUUUUGGUCUAUCUUCACCGCAGACAUACUCAGAAGCUGAGGAAAGAGGAUGCCAUGGACAAGACGAAAAGCAUGGACUUUGGCAUGGAAUUUGGGAGUGGUAGUGGUGGAAAUCGUUCCAAAAUUCCGCCCGCUCACCUUGCGGACGGCGAAAAGUCAGAUAGUCGUAGCCGCCGACAGGUUUCCCUUGAUCUCGACGUUGCAUCACCAUAUCUUCUUCCGGCAGGCCUCCAUUCACACGAUACUCUACAGACGAUGGGUGCAAGCAAUGAUGACAGAUAUGGGCGUCCCAUGACAGCUGGUAGGGAUUCGUCGAUCUACGCACAUUCCAUACGCCAAGACGACAGUCCUGAUGGUUCUCGGACAAGUAUGAAUGGGGGGCUGCUUAGCGGAGCUUCGCCAAUGCCAAUGUCCACGCCUCCUCACCCGCGGGGGCCUUCUACGCCCAAUACUUCCCGCAGUGUCCCACAGAUUACCGUCCCGUCUCCUGCUGCCGUGAAAUCCCCUGUUUCCGGGCUACCUUUAAACCCUCGUGCUGGACCCAGUAGUCGUGAAAGCGGGGAACAAAACACUUCAGCUAAAGAGAUCGAGGUGCAGCCACCGGCUCCUCAACAACCAACUAAGGCACUUCCUCCUGCGCUCACAAUUGGCUCCUCCAAACAACCCCCCCAAAUUGACAUUCAAUUCGAUUUAACGGAGUCUUCAAGACCACUUUCAAACGAUCAGAGUGAAUAUGGCGAAGGGCCUCAAUUUCGCCUAUCUAUGGCCUCAGAACGAAGUGAAAUGGAGGAUCCAAUUCCUCAAGCGGCUGGUCGAAAGAGCUUGGCCCCAGGAGCGUUUGAGGACCGCAGGCUUUCGAUUGGGUUCCGUCCCCUGCCUCCAGAAGGAACAGCCGAUGAGAACGCAGAGGAACGGGCAAUGCGAAUUAGGUCAUUUUACAAGGAAUAUUUCGAGGAUACGUCUCCUGCUCCCCCAUGCCUACGCAACCCAGACACAACAGACAAGAUGAACAUCAAGGGGAAUAUCACGAUGAUAGUGUUGCAGUCUAUGACCAAGAGACUGGUAGAUUUGUAA